AAUACUGUUGGGGAAGGUGUCUGGAAAGUGAUCAAAAAUGCACCGUCAUUAACUAGUUCAGACCUUGCGUCAUUAUCAUGUACUUUUAAGUUGUUUCAAGAACCGUUUUGACCCUUGGUAGAGAUGGUGACCCCAUUGGUAAGCAGUCAUGGUAUUGCUAAAUUAACGCGCCAGUGGACUCGUUUUGUUUGUUUACAAUACACAGAAGACAGUAAUAAGAAGACAUGUCAGAAAGCUCGGGAUGCCCUGGGAAAAGACCACAGUUUGGGGCAAGACUCCUUAAAGACAAGAAUAAUGUAUUUCAACACAAUGCCUGAAAUUCGACAUCUUAGUGGCCUGGUGAACAAGCUAUAUAGGGUAUGGAAUAACAGUUCUGUAGUGUGGAAGCGUUGUUUGACUGAUGACACAAGUGGACGCCGUCGACCACAGGGAGGGGGGAGGGUACUGAAGGACUGGAAGAUGGUUUUUCAGCAUAAUAAUUGGGAUAAUGUAGUUUGGGAUGAAAAGCAAGAAGCUGUUGCCCAGGCAAAGGUGUUGGAAAACUCAGAAGUGACUUUAAGUGCUGAAGAAAUUAAGAAGCUGGAACUGGAGGCAGCUGGUCAAUGGGACAGCUUCUAUGGCAUUCAUCAGAACAGAUUCUUCAAAGAUAGACAUUGGCUCUUCACAGAAUUUCCAGAGUUAGCACCACAUUUAGCUCAUACCUUCCCUGUGAAGCUAAACCCUAGUGAAGAAGCAAGCUCAGACUUGCCGGCAGUACAAGAUCAGCAUGUUGGUGUGUGCGAUGUGAAAGCAGUGAAGGACAGUGAUUGUGAAUCACCAACAGUAAAAGCAAGAAAAGAAUGUUUAGGAGCAAAUAACUUGAAUGAGAAAGAACUACCCUGCAUGUUGGCUAAUACUUCUGUACACUGUAGUGACAAUCGAGAAAGAGAAUCAGAGGACACAGAAGCUUCCAGUUCUGGGAUGAAAGAAACUAUCAAUGGUGAAUGCCAAGCAAAUUGUGCUAGUACAGAAACAGAUGCGGAGGAAGCUUACCCUGGAGAAAAUGCUACAUUUCGUAUUCUUGAAGUUGGCUGUGGAGUUGGCAAUACGGUCUUUCCCAUUCUGAGAAUCAACAAUAAUGAAAAACUGUUUGUCUACUGUUGUGAUUUUUCCAAGACAGCUAUUGAUAUUGUGAAGGAGUCUCCUGAUUAUGAAUCAAAAAGAUGCUGUGCUUUUGUAUGUGAUGUGACUGGUGAGGACUGGCAGGCACCUUUCCCAGAAGCAAGUUUAGACGUUAUUAUUUGUAUCUUUGUCCUGUCUGCACUUCAUCCCAACAAGAUGAAACAUGUUGCAGGAAAGAUGGCUGAGUAUCUUCGUCCUGGAGGGAUUUUACUCUUCCGUGAUUAUGGUCGCUACGACAUGGCACAACUACGGUUUAAAAAGGGAAGAUGUCUUGCAGACAACUUUUAUGCUCGUGGAGAUGGAACAAGAUGUUACUUCUUCACUCAAGAGGAAGUUCGAGAGCUGAUGACAGGAGCUGGACUAGAGGAAGUACAAAACUUAGUAGAUCGUCGUCUACAAGUGAACAGAGGUAAACAGCUCACCAUGUAUAGAGUGUGGUUACAGGCUAAGUAUCGCAAGCCAAAUAUGACUGACUAAUCUCCUUCAUAGAGCACAUUACCUUAUCUAUUUGUACAUUGUUUUUAUUAUACUUACUUGAUGCAAAAGGCCCAAGCAUUGUACAGAUAUUUUGGAUCAUCUGAUCUAACAGUUACAUUCAGAUAGAUAAGUUUUUAUUUUGUUUUCACUUCUGAAAACUCUUUAUCUGCUACAGCACACAGUGGCCAGGAUCAAGAUCAACAAAGACUCUCCCCUCACUGGUUGUCAUUCACUCUCUCUUUUUGCAUCAAUAAUACACCUUUUCACAUAUCCGUUGAGACAUUGUUACAUAACUACGUAUUUGACAAAUUUCAUAACCUAAAGACAGAACACAUAUCGAAUGAC